AUGGAAACCUGCAGUGCCUUCCCACAGUCCUUGGGCAGUGGGGCCACGAAAGCUCCUGAGCAUGAGAACAGUGCUGGUGGUGGGAAGGAGAGCAUGGACAGUGAUGCCAUGAGCAGGAACCCCUAUGCUGGGCUGGUGAGCCACCUGAGGACAACCUGGCUCUCAAGGAAGACACGGCCCAUGGAGUAUCGUGUGGCCCAGCUGGAGGCCCUGGGACGUUUCCUGGAGGAGAAGGAGGAGGAGAUCCUGGAGGCCACCACCUUGGACAUGGGCAAGCCACGCUUUGAAACGCAGCUCUCCGAGAUCUUCGUUUGCAGGAGUGAGCUCAACCACACUCUCAACAACCUGAGCACCUGGAUGAAGGAUGAGCACGUGGAGAAAAACUGGGCGAUGCAGCUGGACUCAGCCUUCAUCCGCAAGGACCCCUAUGGGGUGGUGCUCAUCAUUGGGCCCUGGAACUACCCCAUCAACCUCCUCCUGGUGCCCCUCAUUGGGGCCAUCGCUGCUGGGAACUGUGUAAUUGUGAAACCCUCUGAAGUCAGCAAGAACGUGGAGAGGUUAAUGGCUGAGACACUGCCAAAGUACCUGGACAAGGACUGCUUUGCUGUGGUGGCUGCUGGUGUGGAGGGGACGACCAGACUGCUGGAGAACAGAUUUGACUACAUCUUCUACACUGGCAGCCCCUCGGUGGGCAGGGUGGUGAUGACUGCUGCUGCCAAGCACCUGACACCAGUGACGCUGGAGCUGGGGGGCAAGAACCCCUGCUACGUGUCCGACAGCUGCCACGUGCAGAACACCGCUCGGCGCCUGGCCUGGGGCCGCUUCUUCAACGCCGGCCAGACCUGCAUCGCGCCUGACUACGUCCUCUGCAGCUUGGAGAUGCAGGAGAAGCUGAUGCCAGCCCUCCGGGAGGCCAUCGCCGAGUUUUACGGCCCCAACCCUCAGGAGUCCUCCAGCUUUGCCCGGAUCAUUGGGGACAGACACUUCCAGCGGGUGAGGGCCCUGCUGAGCAGCGGCCGCGUGGCCAUCGGGGGACAGACGGACGCGGGGACGCGCUACAUCGCCCCCACAGUGCUGGUGGAUGUGCAGCAGGAUGACCCCGUGAUGAAGCAGGAGAUCUUUGGGCCCGUCCUGCCCAUCCUCACAGUGAAGAGCAUGGACGAUGCCAUCGCCUUCAUCAAUGCCCGGGAGCGGCCCUUGGCCAUCUAUGUCUUCUCCUCCUGCAAGCAGGUGGUGAACCAGGUGCUGGAGAGGACAAGCAGCGGUGGGUUCUGCGGCAAUGACACCCUGAUGCACUUCACGUUGACCUCGCUGCCCUUUGGUGGAAUUGGGCAGAGCGGCCUGGGCAACUAUCACGGCCGCUUCACCUUCGACACUUUCUCGCACCCCCGGGCCACACUGCUGCGUGGAAACGGCCGGGAAGCCUUCAACACACUCCGCUACCCGCCCUACGAACCGCGACGCCUCCCGCUGCUCCGCUCCGCCACCCAGACCAGGCGCCACCAAACCUGCGCCAUCCUCUGA